CUGACCAAUGCGAGCGCAGCAGGAAGUGGGGAGACGUUCAGGUGGCGGUACAAGCUGUUGGCGGGUCGCACGGUAUGGUCGGUCGGGCCGAGAGCAGCACCGCUAACGACGGUGCUUUCUAAAUGCUACAGCAGACGCGUUGAGUCAAAAUGGUGCUACUGCGACAGAGAACCGCGCAGGGCUCUAAUGCCACUGAGAUAGAGAAGAAAAUUAAACGAGGUAAUGCGCUGCGGCAGGGAUCUGCAUGGAGGGCGUCCCGAGGGCCUGUCGCCCUGCUGCUGAUAGCUGUGACUGUGUGCGGGGCGGCUGUGUGGCUCUACAUAACCUCUCUAGACGGCGAAAUUACAGAGACAUUGGUCAGCCGAGGUGAGCUGGUCUCUCCCCAGCCCAGAGUCUACACAGUCCAGUGCUCUGAAGACUACGAGAACUACCAACGCUAUCCAGGAUGCACCCCUCAGAAGUGUGGCCGCGCAGUCACAGACAGCGUGGUGACGAGGGAGGAGGCUCAGCUCCUCAGGAGGCUGGCUGAGAGAGGGCUGGCGUUGGCUGGGUCAGAAGGAGGAGCUUCCAUACUGGACUUGCACUCUGGGGCGCUCUCGAUGGGAAAACAGUUUGUCAACAUCUACAGGUACUUUGGGGAUCAGAUCAGGGAUGUGUUCACACAAGAGGAUUUCCAGCUUUACAGAGAUGUACGUGGGCGUAUUCAGACAGUUAUUGCUGAGACUUUUGGUUUGGACCCGACCCUGAUGUACCUCACCAAGCCCACCUUCUUCUCCAGAAUCAACAGCACAGGAGCCAAGACCCAACACGACGAGUACUGGCACCCACACAUAGAUAAGGUGACUUAUGGCUCUUUUGACUACACCUCACUGCUGUACCUGUCUGACUACGGCUCUGACUUCACCGGGGGACGAUUUAUCUUCAUGGACCAAAAUGGCAACCGGACAGUGGAACCACGGGCAGGACGAGUCUCCUUCUUCUCUUCCGGCACCGAGAACCUCCACCGCGUUGAGAGGGUGACAUGGGGGACGCGCUUCGCCAUCACCGUGUCCUUCACCUGCGACCCUGCACACGCCAUCUCUGACCCCGCCCUGCCCGGAGGCACCCACGGGUGACGGCGCUGCCUCUGGCUCGUAAAAGCCCUGUAACAAAGAAGGGGGAGCAGCGGAGGGGAGGGACGGGGACGUAGGGGAAGGAAGAAGUGAGAUUUUAUAUUGGUAUACUGUAGCUGCACGGUCAAUAUCUGUCAUUUUCCUUUAUUUUCAGAUAUUGACUUGCUGCCCGUUACUGAUUCUGCUACAGGAAAACCAUCUCUUCUGCAGAGGUGUUUUCUUAUUUGUUACUGACCCUUGUAUUUUUAUCCAAUUUUCUACACCACUUGCUUUUUUUUAUUGCACCAUCAUAAUUACUAGCAUUAGGCGUGUUUGGGUUCCCCACACAUUUCCACAAUCUGUUCCUCUUGACCACUGGAGGGACGGCUCGAGCAGGGAUUGCCUCUCGACUGAAACUGUUUCAAAGAGGCUAAAGUGGGAUUGUCUGUUUUCUGUGUGUCUCUGGGUGUUUUUCAUUUGAAGGAGAGAUGUCGAUUCCUUGAAGAAGAGAUAUAAAUCUGGUCAAUCACCCACUGAAUCAACCUUUCAUCACAAAAUCCUGCCCCUCACCCAUGACACAGGAGGUGUUUUCUUCUAAGAAGAACCCUCUCUUUGUUCAAGAGUGAUUGCUCUUUCUUGUGUGUUACAUUUACUACUCCAGUGGGGUCGCUGAGAAUGGUCUGAAAUAAAAUACUGACAGAACCUGAAAA